AGUAUGACAAUACUGAGGCAUCUUAUAGUGAACCAAUAGUCGAUCAUAAACCUUAUACUAUAAGGAAGGUUAAACUGUUUCAUCAUAGCACAUGCAACUGCAUGUUCACAUUUGAAUCAAAAACUUGUAGUUAAAUAUCAUGGUUGGAAUCAUUUGUGAGUCUUACUGAUAGAUUAAUUAAUAUGUACAUAAUAAUUCUGAUAGUUAAAACAGACAUGUAACAAAGAAAAUGUCAGUUGCUUUUUCGUUGUUGUAUUUUGUGGCUGUAGUGGCAUCACAAACACUGACAGAAUGUCCACUGGAAUGGAUUCUUUUCAACAAUAAUUGUUAUUUAUUCAAAGUCUAUCCACUCCUGUCUUACGAGGUUGCCGACAAAACAUGCUUGGCUAAAGGUGCGGGGCUAGUAAGUGUAAACACCGAUGACGAAAACAAUUUUGUAACAUCAAAUAUAAAUCAGUAUAAUAUUCAAGGACGGUCAAUAUGGUAUACAAGUGGAUCUUAUUAUGAUAUGAAGUUGAUGUGGGAAGGCGAUGGAACAGCGGGGAAUGACGAUGAUAGAUAUUGGAUCAGCCUGGACGAUAAACGGUCUUCAUACCAGGGUAUGCGGAUUGCAUACAAAUACUUUUCCUCAGGAUCAACCUCUACAUACAAAUGGUCUAGAGUGACAGAAGAUACACUGGCUAGUUAUAUAUGUGAAAUACCUCUGGUGGAAGUCUUGAGAAUCAUUGAAAGUAGACGAGACUUUACGUAUGGUUCUUCAGCAUCUGACAAUGAAAAUGCACCCAAAGGUCCAGCAAUGAAAAUACAACCAAAAAACCUAGUCGUCACAUCACAUUCUAUUGAGCCAAAUUUAGAAUGUGCAGCUAUAGGAAUCCCACAGCCACAUUACACGUGGUACAGAUUAGAAAAUACAGCUAAAACAAUAAUUACAGCAUCGAAAAACUAUGUUAUCACCAAUGGAAAACUGACGUUCUUAAAUGUUUCUUCUGAAGUUGCCUAUAGUGGCAACUACCAUUGUAAAGCCGAAAACCAGUUUGGAUCGAUUCUGAGUAAUGUUGCAAGAAUAACCCAUGGAUUUUUAAACGAGUUUUCAAACGUGGUGCCUGGACGAUUUAAUGUAUCUUUAUACAAAGGGACAUAUCUGAAUUGUAACCAUCCUACGUAUAGACCAGCGGCUAAUUACCAGUGGCAGAAAGGUGAUGAAUUUCUACAGACAUCACUAAAUCAGUAUUACUUUUUAUCAAGUGAUGGCAAUUUAUAUUUUUCUGAGGUUCAGGCUCAGGAUAGUGGGUACUACCACUGUCUGGUAACAUUAACGUCACUGCCUGAUGAAAAGAUGUGGACAUCACAGCCACCUAGUGUUACUAGUAAAGGAAUUUACCUAGAGGUCACUGGUCAAACUGCCGCAGACUUUCCACCAGAAAUACAAGACAGUUUUCCUAGAGUUUACCCAGCUACACCAAUGAGAGGAUUCGAAUUACGACUGGAAUGUUUGGCUUAUGGCAGAAUGCCUCUUCAAUAUUCCUGGUCAAGGGAUAGGAAGCCAGUUCCAGGAAAAGCACGGUAUGAAGACUUAAAUCGUAUCCUAGUGAUAGAGAAUGCCCAGUUUGAAGAUGAAGGAACUUACAUCUGUAGCGUAAGCUCCACCAAAGGAUUUGAGCAAAAAAGUUUCACUUUUGCCCUUUCAGCUAAACCUUAUUUCAUCCAUGCUUUACAAGAUAUGCACGUAGACAUCAACAGCCAAAUUACUUGGAGAUGUGAAGUGAUAGCCAGGCCAAGAGCUACUUACACCUGGUACAAAGAUUCUGAAGUGAUUACUUCAGUACCAGGGAAAUUUGAAAUUAACUCUAAUGUUCUUAAAUUGACAAACAUUCAGCUAGGAGAUAGUGGAAUGUACCAGUGUGGAGCAUCAAAUGUAUAUGGUACAGUUUUUGGUGGUGCUCAGUUAAGAGUCCUCUCAUUUAAACCUUCAUUUGACAAAAGUCCCUUACAGAGUAAGAUGCUUGCAGCUUUAAAUGGAAACAUUACAAUACCAUGCAAUCCUCAGGCAGCUCCUGCACCUCAAAUAACAUGGUUAAAAGAUGGCAUUGAAUUGAACGUGCCAGUAUACACCACCAUGGACAUAAACAUAGGACCACAUCGAUUACUGAAUGGACAUUUAAUAAUCACACAAGUUACUUUAGGAGACGCAGGAGUUUACACUUGCAGAGCAAUCAAUGACUUGGGUGAAGCCGACUCUUCGACAGAAUUGACCGUUGCUAAUGAAAUAACACUGCCUGUAAAACCAGCGGAUGAAACAUUCGUUACUUGGAAUGGAACUCAGUUUAUACGUUGCGAAGCAUCAUAUGAUUAUGACAAAUAUGACCUAAUAUAUGUGUGGAAAUUCAAUGGAAUGAUGAUAGAUGUCGAAAAUGAUCCGUAUUUCGUAAAAGUAAAUGGGAUCAACAUGCAUGGUUUAAGGAUACGUUUUGCACAGUUUAAACACGAUGGAUACUAUGAGUGUGUGGCGACAACAACUGUGUCAUCCGUCAGCGCCAUUGGCAAAUUAACCGUCCAUGGUCCCCCGGCAGAACCUGCUGGUGUUUAUGCUAUCAAAGGCACCGCUACCCCUUACUCGAUAACUUUAACAUGGACGAAACCAGCAGAAAGGGGUAGCGCUAUAACUAAUUACACUAUUGAGGCUAUGACUACAUUUAAUCCUAUUUGGAGAAAGGUUGGAGAAGUAAGUGAUUUUGAUGCAAGGUAUGCUCCAACAGAUGAUAGCACGGAUUCUAAAAAGAGAACAUACAUAGUAACUGGUCUGUUACCUUAUAACAACUAUACUUUCCGUAUUUUUGCUUCAAAUGCUUUUUCUGUACCAGGAUAUCCAAGUAUACCUUCAAAAUCUUACACUAUACCUGGUGCCAAACCUGAAUAUCCUGUUCAGUACGUAGGUGGUGGUAAUGGAUCAUUUGGUACUUUACAGAUAUCGUGGCAACCCUUAUCGUUAGAGUUUGAAGGAGGACCAGAAAUAAAAUACCAUGUGUAUUGGAGGAGUAAGGAAAACAACAAUUCCCCUUUUCAAUAUGCAGAACUUAUUGGACGACAAAAGAAAUUUGUGAAGACAUUGACUACUAAUGAUUAUUACAAACAAUAUGAAAUAAUGGUCGGCGUAAGAAAUAAAUACGGAAUCGGUCCUAAUAGUACCAUGGCAGUGAUAUACUCUGCUGAAAUGAUUCCUCCACAUCCACCAACAGGCGUGGCUGGAAGCGGUGUAAAUGGUACAGCUUUGUUGGUCUAUUGGAAUCCUAUACCUAAUACCAGAGAAGUCAUCGGUGGUACUAUACAAGGGUUUGAGAUAAAUGUGGUCGACUUGAAUGAUCCAAACAGAAAAUCAGUGACAGCCUAUCAUUAUGGUAUUGUAAGUUCGGGCUAUGUUAUUGGAUUAGAACCAAAUGCUGAUUUUUGGGUUACCGUCCAGGUGUUCAACACUGCAGGAGAAAGUUUUCCUAGUGAGAGAACAAGAAUGAGUACCAAUGCCGAACCACCAAGGCAUUACCCAGAGUAUGUUACAGUCCGAUCAUAUGGUUCUGACAGUGUACAUGUAAAAUGGCGUGGUGUAUUAACUGGGAUCAAUGAAGAAGUGCUGAUAGGAUAUAAGUUACGAUGGUAUCCAGCAAACGAGGAUAUAAAACAGGCCAUAAAUAACGAUGUAAUCAUCACCAACAGAAAGACUGAAGGUAUCAUAACCGGCAUAGAAAAACGUGUGAUAUACAAGUUACGUGUGCUGGGAUACAGUAAUGGAGGUGAUGGGAAAAUGUCUCCGGUCACAUAUUUCACUUUAGGAGGACAAGGCGUACCUGUUACUGAUCCAGCCAUGACAGAUAUUGUUGCAGGAUGUCAGGGACUGUCAUAUACACUAACUACAUUCUUAAUAGGACUUGUUAUUUCAUACAUAUUAAUGUAAUACUUUGAUUUUAUAUUAUAUUUUCCAAUGAAAAUAACGACUGAGUGAACAUUAGCCAGUGAUACUUUUGUCCGUUAAGCUUAUUAUUUUUCUGAUGUACUCAGCAUAUGAAUGACCUUGAAUGACUUUGUCAAAGGUAGAUAACUGGCCAUUUUGUCUCAUUGAAAAACGAUUGUUAUGUAGAAUAAUCAUUAAGUUGUUUAUUUGGCAGCAAAUACCCCCAUAUUUAUUUUAUAUGAAUAUAGCAUGAAAUGCGUCAUCUUCUCAGGUACACGAUCGUUCAGAUAUAUAUUAAACAAUUAUAUUUUUUAUAAUCCUUCUUUCGUAUGGUGCAUAUCGAAAUGAAAAGUAAACAAGUUAACCAGAAAGUGGCAUUAUCAAUAUCUUCAAUAAGAAUUCGUUGAAAAAGAUAUCAAUAUCGACUAGAAAUCUACCAUAGCUUUGAAAAUAGUAUGUAGAAUAGGCUGUAGUUGAACUUCAAUCGUGAUAUUCAGUCUUUUACAAAUGAAGAAAUCCAUUGAUUGUGUCUAGAAACUAAUUUCAUUAAACAGAAUUGUACAUUUCAUAUAUUUUUUUUAUAAUUCUAACUACAUUGUAUGUAUAUUUUUUUUUUGAUUGUUACUAUGUUGUUGUUUUUUCAUGGUCCCAGCUUUACAUUUUAUUAUUCAUAUCAUUGUCGAUGUCAUUUUAUAUAAAAUUGGUGUGCAUUUGCAUAAUUGUAGUUGUCAAAAUGGUAACAUCAUAAAAUAUUAUAAAUAACAAUAUUUGCAUAAGUAAGAAACAGUUUAAGAAAAAAACCGUUGUAUGUUUUCUGAAAAUAUAAACAUGAAAACAAACCCAACAGUUUAUCUUUUGACAAACAUAUUUUGAUAUUUUAUACCUCUUUAUCUGAUUUUAAAAUUUAAUAGUAUUUGUCCAAAUAUAAGUAGGUGGAUUAUACAUAAGAAAACAAAACAAGAGGUUUAUUAUUCAUUUUACACCAAAACAAUGUUUGCAGUAGUAUUUUCUCUAUAGAUGAAAAAUUAUGUAUGUAAAAAUCAUGUUAAUUAUCGUUCAUGACUUGUGUGUCAACAUACUACUGUCUAGUAUCAUAGCUUUAGAAAUAUAUUUGUUAUAGAGCUAUUUUGACCUACUCUUUCAAUUUAUCUGUAUGAAUAAAGUGCAAACAAAUAAAUAGUGAAUUUGUGAGGUCAUCUCAUAACAUAUCUCAGCUUUUUUUUUUAAAUCUAAUUUAUCCGUACAAUAGCAUAACUAGUAACAGCAUUACUAACUAACUUAGGUACUGGAGUCUGACCAUUUGUCACGGAUAUUCAUCUAUAAGUAUUCAAUCGUUACAGGUAUGUUGAAAUACUUCCAAUAUCUUGGGAAUAAGAUAAAGUCAAAACACGAGAACGGAAGACAGCAGCAAUUAAAAUGGCACAAUGCUUGGCAAACUGGUUUUAAGAAUUGUGAAAUUCAAUAUUCAACUAUAAUAUAACCUCACUUUUCAGUUAAUGUCAUAUUGGUGACCCUUUUGCAUUACAUUUUGACAUUACUGUUAAAAACACCUUUCUUAUUUGUGUUUAACAUGAUGUGAAUUUAAUCAUCGAUGCUCUAUAUUUUACUAUUGUUAUAAGAUGCUUAAUAGCAUUUGAAUGUAUAGCAAUGUGGUAGUAGUUGUACAUUUAUAAAAUCCCGCAUUUCUAGAUCUUUUGAGAACAUCAUUUUCAUAAAUGUAAUUGUAAAUUGUUGUUAUUCAUGUAAUGAAAUCCAUGUAAUAAUUUUUUAUGUCAUGUAUAUGUUUAUUUACAAAUAAACUUCUUUAUAUGUA